AUGGAAAUUCCGGUCAAGGACAUCGAUGCCUACGUGAAUCGAUCAGUCGAGAAGCGACAAGAGGAGGCGAAAGAGAAAAACGACAUCCCCCGGCCGAUGAACUCUUUCAUGCUUUACCGAUCCGCCUAUAUCGCGCGCAUCAAGAGUCUCCUGGGCGGGAACUGCAACCAGAAUGUCUCCAAAGUGGCCGGGACAAGCUGGAAGAUGGAGACCAAGCAGGUCCGUGACCAGUUUGAGGACUGGGCCAACACCGAGCGCCGGAACCACGCCACGUCGCACCCACAUUACAAGUUCAAGCCACACAAGGGGCCGGCGACGACGACAAGGAGGAGCACUGAGCUCACUCCCCCACGGUCAUCUGCGACUCCGGGAUCGGUGGACCCGGGGAGCUCGACCGACUGGGGCGACUGCGACUACCCUCUGAAAUCUAUGACCCCCGGUAUGAUGCACGGCUACUCCCAAAGCUUCGAUACCGAGUACAUGAGCACCAGCCGAGGCUCGUCUCCCUUUGGCAGCCCUGAACCUAUGCUGGCAGCCAAUGGCUACAUGCCCCCCAAUUGGAACACAAGCUACCCGGCUUCUGGGCUCCCAACCAUUCAGCCUAGUGCCUUGCACGGAAUCGGAUCUCACGUGGAGGAAAUACACUUCCCUCGUGCUAGCCCGCUGCCGCAGGAAGCCCCAUACAGCUCUUCCAACGGGUUGGCUGGCCUCCCCGGUGGCUCGCACCAUGAACUGCUCCAGCCUCAAUUCACCCAGUCACUGUCUGGCCACAUGGACCCCCAGCUGCUCAGCUACUCCGGCGAUGCUAGUACCCUCCCCACCACCACCGGAUCUGCCCCAGUCCUCUCCGCCAACGGUUACACCAUCUGGAACGAGGAUCUCGGCGGCGGGUGUUACCUGCCUGCAGCACACUCUCGGGCCCCGAGCCCAGUCCCAUUCCCACAUACUGCUUGCUACGGCCCGACCAUGCAACGCAACUCCUCGUGGGACGCCAAGUACUCUGACCCCACCCUCAUGGACGGCUCGGCCGCGGGUGAAGUGGACUUGUGGUUUGAUCACCCGCAUCCAUACUGA